UCAUUCUCGCUCUCGCUAUAGUCGUCUUUUGCGUAGAAGUGUGCUUAAACGCUAAGGAUAAACGAAUUUCUUUAAUAAUUUCUAGCAAAAUGGAGGCUUCCAUAAAAGUUGCACCGCAGAUGCCCUCCAGUUUCAAGGAAUUUACCGGCCACAACGCUCCUCUCGAUGAAAGCUGCACCGCUCAAUUGCAGACGGUUCAUCCACUGAAACAUUCAGAGCAGAAUUAUGCUCAACACCGACAAAAUCUUAAUCUGCAAAUGCUUCGCAAUCGUGAAGGCUUAGCUGCACCGCUAAAGCUUACGAUGGAGCUGAAAUCUAUGACACGAGUGGGUCACUUGCCUUUUUUGCCGUCCACCAAUGUUGGCCGUGAUGUGCUGACCGGACGCGACGAGCUGAUCGAGUUUGGUGAUAUCUUCAAUGUGGAGGAAAAUUCCGAAUUUCUUCGUCAGCCGCACGCUGUAAUGGAGAAGAAACUCGGAAUCCUGUAAGGUAUAGUGAUAUGGCGGUUUUGAUUAAUUUCUAAAUGAUAAUCGUUUUAAUUGCGUCAGCGAGUGAAAUAAAAUGUCGCAAAGGGAUAAAACAUU